AUAAACCAUAAUCUCGAAAUCGCUGAAUAACUAAACUUAAGGACUAAGGGCAAAAAGAUAAACAACUAAUGACUAGCGGGGUGAGGAGGACUAUUACAAACCCCUGAACUAUAAGGGAGUGACUAGGAGGAGACAUGAGAGAAGCCUAAAGAGAGCUGGGGAACACAAGAAGACACAUGAGGAGAACCUGAGGAAGAACAGGAGGGGCCUGGGGACCAAGGGGACACAGAACAUGACAUUAUGAAAACAAUCAAUUAUCUGUCCAAGAGGGUGUAUGUGGACCCAAAACAGAGCCUUGGGGUACCCCACAGAACAGAUCAGUAGAAUAAGUAGUAUGAGAUUGAGUCACUUUAUUAACAGGAAUCACUUGUUGCUUUUCACUUUGACGUUGUAGUAAAACCAGCGAAUCUGAGAACAAAGUAUGUCUCGAUAAACCAGCGCUGAAGAUGCUGCGCUUGUGUCCUGGAUCUGAGAAGCGUCUGUGGAAAAGAGUCAGACUCAGCUUGUGCUUUCUGGGACUCUCUCUGCUUAUGGGGACUUUGACCUUCGCAGUCUACAGUUGCAGAAGCCUGACAUCGUGGCCUUUACCCGGAUGGACCGUGAUGCCCUUGUCUAUACCUCCUUACAAAAAACCCACACCAGCGCCCAUCACACAGGAGCCGUCAGGGAUUUCAUCACCUCAGCUACCCCUCCCACAGUCAUCCUUCUUCGUGGCAUACCCACACCGAUACCAUUUCAUAGUAGACGAGCCAAACAGAUGCGACCAGGAAAGCCCUUUCUUGGUUGUUAUAGUCCCAGUACCACCACACAACAGAGAUGUUCGCAACAUCAUCCGCAGCACAUGGGGCAAACACACCACAGUGCUGGGUCAGGUAGUCAGCUAUUACUUCCUGUUGGGACUGUCCAGCGUAGGCGAUGGGAGGCAGCACCCUGAGGAGCAGAUCUUACUGGAAAGCCAAAAACAUCAUGACAUCCUGCAGAGUGACUUUCAGGACAGCUAUAAAAACCUGACCAUUAAAACAAUGCUCAUGUUCGAGUGGAUCAGUACUCACUGCCCCAACACCUCUUAUGCCAUGAAGAUCGACUCGGACAUCUUCUUUAAUGUACAUAACCUCGUCAGCAUGCUUCUAAAAGCCCCAAGACAUCUCUACAUGACAGGGUUGGUGGUGAGAAAUGCUCAGGUUCUUCGAGAUCCAAACUCCAAGUGGUUUGUUCCUUCUGCUGUUUUCCCUGAGUCAACCUACCCGCCUUACCCCAUGGGACUGGGCUAUGUGUUUUCCUUGGAUUUACCCAGGAGGAUACUAGAGGUGUCCACGCACAUUAGGGCAAUCUAUAUUGAGGAUGUACAUGUGGGUCUGUGCAUGAGACAUUUGGGAAUUGCACUAACAGAUCCUCCACGUGGUGGUUUGUUUGUUGCUGCCAUGCCCCAAACAACAAGCCAAUGUUACUGGGUCUCCGUCAUCACAACAAUGCUGUGGCGUUCAGAGCAGCUUUUGGACGUUUGGAAAACUUAUGAGAAUCAGACACAAAGUGACUGUUAGACUUCUUUUUGUGUGUGUGUGUCCUGUCUGGCUGUGAAGCGCACAGAAUUGAUGUCUGAAUGUUGGUGACAAGCCUUACAAAUUUACUCUCAGGUGGAGCAUCAAAGCUUCUGCUUUUAAUGUCACGCCUGAUACUGAAAACUUUAUUGUUAUUGUUUUUUUGAAUACUUGUAAUUCCAACCGGACACAGAGACAGAGGUGAAAGAGACAUCAAGAGACGGGGACGGGGGGGGGGUCCACAAAAAUAAACAAUCAAUGAUGAACAAGAGUCUGCUUCUAGACCUGCAGAAGGAGAAAAAAAAAGAAAAACAGACAACAAUACACCAGGAGCAAACAAUCACUACGUCAACCUGAUGAGCAAAUAUUACAUCAACCUUGUUUUACUGAACGGUGUGUUUGUGUGGAAUGUUGGAAGUGUUUAAUGUGCAAAUAAAAUUCGGGGGCAGGUUUCCACAGGCAUGUGGAAAUGGGGUUCAUACCCGCACCCCCUGACUUGUCCACCCCCCAA